AACUUCUAAUUAUGUUGUACUUUGCUCAUUGUUCGUUUCCCUUAUACCGUAAUCGUUGUGGGACAGAUACCUUCUUCCAACAUUGAGGAUUCCUCUGAAACUCACAUUGUUCCAACGGCAAGGAUAUUUUCGCAACUAUUUGGAUUGUACUUAUGCGGUAAUAGUUAUAUCCUUAUGCAAAUUGUAGGCUAUUUGUCUGCAAAUUCACAAAAAGACACGAAUCCUGAUGCUCAGCAUGUCUCCCCAACUGAGGAGAAACACGCGGUCGUGCGCCGUCAAACAAUGCCGCAAACUACUUCUCCAAACGAAAAAGAACUGACCCGUUCAAAUUCAUUGGGUGCUCGAAGACCCCGUCGAGCAAAGUCAUUGCACAAAGAACAAAAUUACAUGAGACGCUUCUUGGAUAAAGAUUCGUCUUUCAUUGAUGAAGAGGAAUCCUUUGAUUCCACGACCGAUGAAUCUUGUCUGCUUGUGAAAUUGAAAAUCUCUACAGAACUUGGACAUAGAAUUCAGGAAAUAUUACAAUCCAGCUCGAAUAUGGAGACUCGGAUGCUUUCUAAUGGUGAAAAGAUUUUAGUUGAUGAAGAAUUAUUAACUAAAAAUACUAAGGAUGGAGAGUCGGAUUUGGAUAGGUCGUCCUCAUCAAACUUAGCACAGCCUACACGCUCUUUAUCAUUUUCAACAAACUCAGCAGCGAAUUCUACUAAUAAUGUCACCUAUCAUCCUUUUUUUACUGCUUCUUCAAAGCGAAAGCAAACAGAUGAUGUGGAAGAUGAAACUAAAUUUUUGAAAAGCUACCUCGAGUCCGGUAAAGUGAUAAAACUUAAAGAUCCUCUGUGGCCGAGUCCAGAAAAUCAAAGCGACUUUUUUCCUCCUGUGCAUGAAAAUGAUACGAAAUUGCCGUUCUCAAAGAAAUUACAUCCAAGCGAUAACUCUGCUUCAUUCACUCUGCCCUCUUACUCAGAUAUUUUGUCUCAUUCCUUAAAAGAGAUUGACUCUUCAGUCAUUGAAACGCCAAAGCUAGAGAAAAUUCAGACAACGAUGGAGAAACUUCACUGUUUUGCUUCAGAGUCUCUGGGAUUCACGCCCCUUCCUUGCGUAGAGAAGGUUGUUUCCGACAUCAAUUCGAAGAAGUUACUAAAUUUGAAGAACAGCUCAAGGAAUUCUUUAUGGACCAUUAAAUAUACUCCUAAAAAGUCAUUGGAUUCAUGCGCUUCAUUGGAUUGCAUUACAAAAAUAGAGGAUUGGUUACGCUCGUGCAAGCUUUCUGAACCGACCGCCCCUGCUCAUACCAGUGAGAAGUCCACUACUGUUUCUCGUUCUUCAACCUCUCAAUCUCGAACCUCAGAGAAGUCUUCAAACGAUUCCUUAUCAGAAAGUGAAUUUGAACCAGAUAUAAUAACCGAUGACGAAGAAAACUCUACUUCCGCUUCCCGCAAAAAGGUAAAAUUAAGUGUUUCGCAGUGUCCUAAUUGGAUGGUAGUUGCUGGCCCUAACGGAAUUGGUAAGACAGCUUCCAUCUAUGGCAUUUGUCACGAAUUGAAUUUUCAGAUUGUGGAAAUUCACCCUGGAAUGCGCCGCUCUGGACGAGAGCUUUUGGAAAGGAUUGGGGAGCUUACUCAAAGUCAUGUCGUAGGGAGAUCAAAAGAAAGAGAAUCAAGUAAUACACUUAUCCUUUUAGAAGAAGUGGAUAUAAUUUUCCAAGAAGACCGCGGUUUUUGGCAAGCUGUUACUGCACUCAUCGAAAAAUCCAAAAGACCGGUUGCUAUGACUUGCAAUCAAACUGACUUUCUUCCAUCAUCGUUUUUACAAGAAGAUCAUAUUGUUGAAUUUCAGCAGUUGCCUUUAGCUGCCCUAGCAGACUACCUUUCUUCUGUGCUUUUUUCCGAAAGAGCUAUUGUUUCAAGAAGUGUAGUAGAAUCUCUAAUUCAGAAGUUAGGGUCUGACUUACGGUGUAUGCUGAUGCAACUAAAUUUCUGGUGCCUUACCGAAACAAUGGAUCCUUUAAAAAGUGGGGAUGUUAAUAGUACUCAAGAUUUACCUACUGUAGAAGCUUCAGUGUCUGCAUUUAAUGACGGUAUUGGUAUAUUCAAUGAUAGAAUACAAUCUAGAGAAAGUCUUCUUCAAACUUACUGUGAUGAGCAGAACGGUGAUCUAGGAAUUUUAUUUCUUCCAAACUCAGUCAAUUGGAGGAAACCUCCUCGUCCACAUAAUCUUCAUAACUCCAAGUCCUUUCUGGACCAACUAGACAAGUCGUAUGAAUACGCGGAUUCUUUAUCACACAUAGAUGCUUGUUUCUCUAAUCAGAGCUCUAUUUAUGAGACAUAUGACUUAUUGUAUGACAGCGCUUCAUUUAAUGACAUUGAUCAAGAUACCCGUGACAGGGUAAAGUUGAACUACUCUGAUUACUUGAUGGGAUUCCCCAUCGUUACAGAUCCUUUUAAAUCUAACACAUCACCGGAGUUACACGAAGUUCAAUUAAAGUAUCCAAUGCUUAAUUUUUUGCUUGGUUUGUAUGAAUAUAAAGACUCACCUAUAAUUACAAUAUUACCAACUCCUUUGAAAAGAGUUCCCCUUUAUUUGAGUGUUUUAGCUUCAAAGAUAUCUUACAAGACUGAUCCAGAUGAUGUAUAUAACGCUCUUUCUUUCUUUUCCCUUUCCGAUUCCCACUCAUCAUUUUUCUUUCCCCCAAAUAGUAUAGAUCGUACGAAUGAUAUAUUGAUCACCGAAGUUGCACCUUACGUUCGUGCGAUGGCAAGGUUUGAUCGCUUACGCUUGAAUGCAUUCAACCUGGUAUUAUCCUCUAAGGGAAGAUCCGCUUCGCAUUUCUCUGGAGGUUUAAACACCCGACUUUUGAGGAAUCUUGGUUUCACUAACGAAAAGCUUCAGUAUUUAGGAAUCGAUGGAGGGCGUAUUCUAUCAACAUGGCUUUCAUCUGAAAGCAAUUAGUUGUGAGAUUUUCAGUUGGCAUAACUAGUAUAUUUUACACGAUAUAAGGAACAUUAAAAUGAAUUGCAUCAUGAAUAUCAUUCAUUAAUAGGUAGUCUAAUCAGGAGUGCAGGGUUUUCUUUAUUGUUAUGUAUUUUUACUAAUAAUUUC